AUGGUCAGUAAUAAACAUGCCUCCAAAGAGAUUGCCAAUGUUUUUAAAAGGUUUAUAAGAUUUGCCAAAUGGGAUGAAAUUCAAAAAUAUAAAGAAUGUUUGAAAUCUUUGUCAAACCACGAAAAAUGUGUGCGUAUUGAUAUAAAUGGAAAAAAUAAAAAAACAACAAAAUAUUUUUUUGACAAAAAUAAAUAUAUAUAUGUUAAAAAUAAAAAUGAUAUUAAAUUAUUUGAUAAAAAAAAUGACAAACAAAUUCAAAAUACUCUCAAAAAUAUAGAGUUGGGAAAACUCACAACCUGUUCUGAAAAAAAUGAAAACAGGACGGAAAAAAAUACAGACAUAAAUUGUAAUAAUGCAAAGGUUAACAUCACUACGUAUGAUUUAAACACAAAUGGAAUGACAACAAAAAAAGAAAGAGAACUUGAAAGGUCUUUCAAAAAUUUCAAAGACAUAUAUGAUUUAACAAAAGAUGAAAUUAUAUUUAUGAAAUUUAUUGAAAAAAUAAAAAUAAAACAUAUAUUUUCUCUAAUAAAUAAUAUAAGAAAAAAUAUAUAUAUCAAAAAAAAUCAAGAAAAAAAUAUUUUAAAUUGUAUUUAUAAAUAUUUAAGUUAUCAUUGUUAUGCUAUGAGACUUAAUGAGUUUCUUUUUUUUCUUUUUAUAUUUCCACAAAAUAUAAAAUAUUCAAAUAAAGUUAUUUAUUAUUUGUCUAAUAUUAUUAACAAAAACCAAAUAAAUAUGAACACGUUCAUAAAUUUAAUAGAUGAAAUUAAUUUAUUUCACAUUAACGUACAUAUUAAUCAGAUAUAUAUAAAUUACCUAAUUAGAAAUAUACACAAAAUAACUAUUUAUAAUGUUUUUUAUUUACUAACUAAAGGCUCUUAUAUAUUUUUAGUCUUACCUACAAAUGAAAAUUCAUCUACAACUCACUUAAAUAGCCAAAAUCUUUUGUUUAAAAAUAAACUGUUACAAUUAUUAAAUGAACAAACUAGCUAUCCAAAUUUUGAAGAAAUAAAAAUGGAAUAUUUUAAUUUUUUAUCUUAUAAUUCUGAAAACUAUAAUUUUUAUUUACACACUUUUUUUAAUGACAUAUAUAUUAGUUUAUACAAAAAUAUUAUUCUUCAUAAUUUUGAUAAAAUCAUUAAAAAAAACCCAAAAGAUGCCGAUUUUUUAAAACGUAUAAUUGCACUACCCUCAUUCAAUGUUACUAUAAAUCACAUUAACCAGCUAUUAUUAAAUAGUUUAAAUAACAUGAACAUGUCAGAAAAAAACACACAAAAAAAAGAGAUAUAUCAAAAUACUAAAAUAAAAGUAUUCCCUGAUUUUAUUUCACAAAAAGACAACCAAAAUGAUCAUUCAACAAUGGAUACUCAACAAAAAAAUAAUGAUAUAAAAACUGAAAAUACUAUCAAUUUCAAAAAAGAGCCAAACUUAGGAAAUAAAAAAUUAAUUAAAAAUAAUUCCACAACAAUAGAACAUAAUAAUACACACUGGGAUAAAUGCUUAACUAUAAAUAGUUAUACACUAGAACAAAAAAAAAAAAUUAUCCUUUUUUGCUCUCCCUCUGAUAAAAUAAAAAGUUCAAAUUAUAACCAAGUAAAAGAAAAAUAUAAAAUUCCAACAAAAAUAACGGAUAAAAAUAUUAAAAUUUUUCUUAAAUUUUUAAAAAUUACAAACUCACAAAAACAAGAUUAUAUAAACAAUACUAUUUUAAAUAAUCAAAAAAAUAUAUAUAAUACAAUGUUAUCUAUGAAAAAAAUUGCAAAGAAUGAAAAAACAAUAUCGUUUCCAAAAGUAUUUCUUAGUUUUUUUGAACAAUGGGAAUAUAUAAAAAAGGGUUAUCCGAAUAGAACUAACGAAAUACAAAUCAUGCCAUACAAAAACUCGUUUGAAAUUGAAAGUCAAUCUCAUCCCUAUCCCCUCCUUAUGCAAGAUAAAGAGAAAAAAAAAGACAUACAUUCUAUAACAUCAAUACAAACUAAUGCCAAUUGUAGUUCAAAUGAAAUGCCUCUUAUUUCUAAAAAGUCUAAAAUAAAUAAGGGAAAUAUGACCCAAGAAAAAAUAACUUCAAAUCCUUUUCAACACAUUAAGAAGAAAGAAAAUAGUGACUAUUUAUGCCAUAAUGAGGUUGCUAUAAAAGAAAAAAUAGAUGAAUUAAUAAAUAAUGUUUAUUUGAAUCCACAAUUUAAAGAAAAGUUCUAUCAUAAAUCUCAAAUAAAUCAUGUUUCAAAAUUCUUUUUUUAUAUUUGUAAAUCAUAUGAAAUAUAUGUAAAGAAUUCAUGUAAGGAUGUACAAACGAAAGAAUAUAAAUUGUUAAAUGACAAAUUUGAAAUAAUUUUUUAUGAAAUAUUUACUUACCUUUUAAAAUCUUUAAAUCUUAUAAAUAUUUCAAAUCAUUUAUAUUUAUUUAUUUCGCUUUCAAAAUAUAUAAAUCUUAAUGAAUUUAAUUUGAGUCUGAAUAAAGAAAAUAGACAUAUAUUCAAUUUAAAAAGAAAAAAUAAAUUUGUUAAUAUUUUAUAUACAAUCCAUACAAUUCGAAAAUACCAGUAUGAUGACGUUAAAGAUAUAUUGCAAGACAAAGAUAAUGAUAGGUACUUAAUUUUCAAAACUCUUUGUGAUGAAACAAACAAGGAAAGCUUUAAUUUGGGAACAAAUAUAGACAAUGAAAAUAUGUCCAUUAAAGAAAAUCAUAAAAAUCUUCAGAAUGUAAUCCUUGAAAAUUUUGAUAUAGGCAAUGUAUUUUGCUCAAAAAAUAAAAAUAUGAACAGUGCAUGUAAAAGUGUAAAAAUAAAAAAAAAUUAUAAAUUACCUGACUGUUCAUAUAAAAAUGGUACAACUAGCAUGAACAUGAACAUAUCAAGUAUGUUAGAAAAAUCUCCAUUGUUUAGCAGUUUUAAUUAUAUACUAAUAUUUUUGAACAAUUUUUUAGAUUCAAAUAAGUUCAAUCUUAACAGUCUUUUAGUUAUUAUAUUUUAUUUAGAAAAAAUUAUCCCAUCUUCGUUAGUUCAUCUUUAUCAUUUAGAAUCUGGAAUAUAUAAAAACCAUCAAAAAUUUAUUAACAAAUAUUUUUAUAUAUUUAACGGAUUAAAUAAUAGCCAAACAAAAAUUAUUAACAAGUCAUAUGCAAUUCAAAUAAAAAAAAAUUCUAUUCAGCUAGUUAACGAUUGUAUGCAUUCACAAAUUUUAAGACAAAUUUCAGGUCAAAUUUCAGGACAAAUUUCAGGACAAAUUUCAGGUCAAAAGAAAAAUCAGGAAUACAACCAUAGAUGUAACAUAUUUGAUAAUAUUGAAAAUAUAUUCAAAAAAAAAAAAAACAAUAAUUAUUUUUUUUAUUCACCAGAUAAUACAAUAAAAUUCUUUUUUUUAUAUAGCCAAAAUAAAAUAUAUCAUUCAUCUAUAUAUUAUGAUAUAACAAAACAUUUGUACAAAUUUAAUAUAAAUAAUAUAGAUAAUAAUAUAGCUUUUCUUAUUUUUUCAGUUCUAAUUCAAUGCAAACAUAUCUAUAAACCUUUCCUAUUUUCACUUCUUAAUCUUAUUUUAAAUUUAGACCAAAAAAAUUAUCGAAACAAUUUGUACAUUUUAUCUGCAAUCUUAUUAAUGUUAAUAAAUCAGUGUAAAAUAAAAAAUAAAAAUAAACCACACACAAAUUAUAUCUAUAUAAAAUCAAAGUUCUCAAAAAUCAAUUGGAAAUACUUUUUCCCUAUCCAUAUUUUUGUUUCAAAAAAUGUAAAAUUUAUUUCAGAUCAACUUAUCAAAACAUUCGAAUCAAACAUCACAUCUAAUUAUCAUAUAUUUUGUCGAAGUAGAGAAAAAGAAAAUUCCUUAAAUACAAGUAGUCUUGAACCUUCUAUAAUUAAUUUAAAAAAUAUUGAGAUGCUCCUCAAAAAUAAUAUCACCAAAAUGGUGCAACAAUAUAAAGAAUACAUAGAACAAGACCAAAAGAAACAGACAGAAAAAAAUAGCCAAACAAAACAAGUUAAAGAUCCCUUAUCCUUUUUUUAUUAUUUAGAUAAAAAUAUCGAAUCAGAUUUGUUUCUUAUUUGUCAAAAUUUUUUAUCCUAUAAUUUUGUAACUAAUAAUUUUGCAUUACCAAGGGAUUCACUUUAUUAUAAAAUUUUAUCCCAUUUAAAAAAAAAUCAAAAAAAUUAA